UUUGGGAGAGAAAAGAAAAGAGAAAAGGCGGGUAAAAAUUGGUGUGAGCGAUGGACAUGAAAUAUCGCAACUCGCAAGCAAGCACCGUUAACUGUCUCCUGCUCUUUCUUCCAACACAACUUCUCUCUCUCUCUCUCUCUCUCUCUCUCUCUCUCUCUCUCUCCAUCGCGACGAUUCCUUUCUCUGCCAAAUAAACACAAGAAGAACAACAAUAAUUUUGAUUUUCCUUUAUUUAUUCCAAAAUGCAUUUCACAGAUCUCGAUGACACUCCAAUGUUCCGCCAACAGCUCCAAUACUUGGAGGAAAAUGCAGAAUCAUUGCGCGUUAGAUGCUGCAAGUUCUACAAAGGAUGUCGAAAGUAUACGGAAGGGCUUGGAGAGGCAUAUGAUGGGGACAUUGCAUUUGUAAGUUCCCUUGAAAGUUUUGGAGGAGGGCAUAGUGAUCCUCAUUUAAUUCCUUUGGAAGGACCUGUAACAAACAAAUUUACUAUUGCUUUGAGAGAAAUCAGUACAUAUAAGGAACUUCUUCGGUCACAGGUAGAGCACAUGCUUGAUGACCAGUUACUACAAAUUGUCAAUGUUGACAUCAAUGAAGUCAAGGAAGCUCGUAAGCGUUUUGACAAAGCUUCCCUUGUAUAUGACCAGGCACGUGAAAAGUUUAUGUCGCUGAGAAAAAGCACAAAGAUUGAUAUUGCCACAGUCAUAGAAGAGGAAUUGAAGAAUGCAAGAACUUCGUUUGAGGAAGCCCGUUUCAAUCUGGUUGCUGCUCUUAAUAACAUUGAGGCCAAGAAGAGAUUUGAGUUUUUAGAGGUUUUCACUGGUAUUAUGGAUGCCCAUCUUCGAUACUUUCAACAGGGAUAUCAGCUACUACAUCAGAUGGUACCUUUCAUUAGUGAGGUUUUGGAUUAUGUACAACAGUCAAAAGAAAGUUUUGAUAAGGAGCAAAUUUCACUUUAUAAAAGAAUGCAAGAAUACAAAAAACAAGUUUAUCAAGAAAGUAGGCUGUCCUUGAAUGGCCCUUAUGGUUCUCCUAUUGGAGACUCUGUGCAUCCUUUUUCUAGGAUAUCAAAUGAAGUAGUAGAUGUAGUAAAGGAAUCUGCCGCAAAUGGAAAGGUUCAAAUCAUUCGACAAGGAUAUCUUUCAAAGAGAUCCUCCAAUUUAAGAGGUGAUUGGAAAAGAAGGUAUUUUGUUCUUGAUAGUCGAGGAAUGUUGUACUACUACCGCAAACCAUGGGGUGUGUCAUAUGGCAGCAAUCAACCAUCUCCAAGGAAGAAUAGUGCCGCCGAAAAUGGUUCUGGGCUUCUGGGUCGAUGGCUUUCUUCUCAUUACCAUGGGGGUGUCCACGAUGAAAGAUCUGUAGCACGUCAUACAGUAAAUCUGCUGACGUCAACAAUCAAGGUUGAUGCUGAUCAGACAGAUUUAAGAUUUUGCUUCAGAGUAAUUUCGCCAUCAAAGAACUAUACAUUGCAGGCAGAAAAUGCAGUGGACCAGAUGGAUUGGAUGGAAAAGAUAAAUGGAGUUAUUGCGUCCUUGUUAAGUGUCCAGACACUUGGAUCGCCUCUAUCAGUUGAGUCAGAAGACGGCGACUCUGACUCUGCCGACAAGAUUGAUAUAUUAGAAAGUUCUCCAGAUUUUUCUCGCACUGAGGUCGCAAAGUUUGCAUCCAAGAAUUUCACCCUUAAUGACCAUUUACGUUCAUCUAUAAGUAUGCAGUUGCAUAAACACAGUAUGAAGAAUGAAAACCCUAUUGAUGUUCUUAGAAAGGUGAGUGGGAAUGACAAAUGUGCUGAUUGUGGGAAACCUGAACCAGACUGGGCAUCUUUAAACCUCGGCAUCCUUAUAUGCAUUGAAUGCUCUGGUGUACAUCGUAAUCUUGGUGUGCACAUAUCAAAAGUAAGAUCACUAACACUUGAUGUGAAAGUAUGGGACUCCUCUGUCUUAAGUAUGUUUGAGUCACUGGGCAACCAUUUUGCAAACUCAGUUUGGGAGGAGCUGUUAUAUCCAAGGAGUACUUUGCAAGAUGUUGACUCCCCCAUUGGUUCAUCCAAGGCAAACAGAGACGACCUACUUCAUGUAAGAAAACCAAAACAUGAUGACUCUAUUUCAUUAAAGGAAAGGUUCAUUCACGCAAAGUAUGCUGAGAAAAUAUUUAUUUGCCGGACAGAGAAAAACCUUGCACAAGAGAUCUUGGAAAGCAUCUGUGCAAAUGACAAGAAAGCGGUGUACCAGCACAUUGUCAAGUCAGAUAUAAAUGUCAAUGUCAUCAGUAGGCAAGCAUUAUAUGGUGACUCUUUCAACAUGGCUUCUUUGAUUAAUUUAAACGUGUCAUCUCAAAGUGAGAAUCAGUUGAAUGAGGACAUACAAGAUGGUUCUAGUGUGCUUCACCUGGCUUGCCUAACAAGUGACCCUGUCAUGGUGGAUCUGCUCCUACAGCAUGGGGCAGACAUAAACGCCUGUGAUUCAAGAGGUCGUACACCACUACAUUACUGUAUUAUCAGAGGGAAGCCCGCAGCUGCAAAAGUGCUUAUUUCAAGUUGUCAAUCAUUUACAGGGGGGCCAAUCCACAUGUCGCUGACAAAGAAGGCAACACUCCUCUUAAGCUUGCAUCAGAAACCAGCUGUGUUGGAAAUGGAAUUAUUACUCUCUUGGCAAGCAGAUGACAAUGCCCAAAUACGAUUAUAAGCAUUAAGCUGUCAUUAAUCCAUGUCCCAGAUUGAAAACCAGUAGUUAGUGAUUGACUAAUGGAGGUAAAUGAGAACCAGCUAGCAUUGCAUGGAGAGAAGCAACUAUGGCAAAUGGGGCUGAAGCUAGGUUACUUUUAUUGGGUCAUGUUAUAUAGCAACUCUAUUUAAUUUAAGGAUGUCAUGGGCUGAUUGGGGGGUUUCCCAUUGAUUCCAAUGUUCAACUUUCCAGCAUCGAUCCUCGAUAUAUAUAUUUGUGGGACCAUGAUCAUGGUCAUGGAUUACAAGGGAUUAUUUGGAAAUGGUUGUUCAAUAAAGUGUUAGUUCCUCCUCUUAGAAAAUA